AUCACGUGACACGGCUUCCUUUUACGGAAAUCGCUUCCCGAACUUUGUGGGUCCCUAGGGUUUUUUCUCCAAGCCGCACAUUUCCAGGUUUGCGUAGUAAACUUAGGUACCCUCAAGAAACUUGGAGCUGUUGACCUUUUUUUUUUUUUUUCCUCCCCGUGACAACGACCACCAACUUCGACCACCGUUAAUACCACCACACCCCGACCGUAAAGAACCCCCGAAUAAAUCAGUCGCAAUGGCCAAGCUCUCACGUGGUGCCCCCGGUGGAAAGCUAAAGAUGACCCUCGCUCUGCCUGUCGGUGCUAUCAUGAACUGCGCCGACAACUCCGGCGCCCGAAAUCUGUACAUCAUCUCCGUCAAGGGUAUCGGUGCCCGUCUAAACCGACUGCCCGCCGGCGGUGUUGGCGACAUGGUUAUGGCCACCGUCAAGAAGGGAAAGCCCGAGCUCCGAAAGAAGGUCCACCCCGCCGUCAUCGUCCGACAGUCCAAGCCCUGGAAGCGAACCGACGGUGUCUUCCUGUACUUCGAGGACAAUGCUGGUGUCAUCGUUAACCCCAAGGGUGAGAUGAAGGGCUCUGCCAUCACCGGCCCCGUCGGAAAGGAAGCUGCCGAAUUAUGGCCCCGUAUUGCCAGCAACUCCGGCGUAGUGAUGUAAAAAGGCGAGCGUUUCGUUUCGGGCGGAGCAUUGGGUGAGAGGAGGAUGAUUCACACCACUUAACCU